CAGGGGUUGUAGCUGUAGGAGGAGGAAGAGGGGCAGGAGGGAGGUGGUGGUGUCUUUGCUGUACGUUAGAUCUCUCCCUCCUCUCUCAGAGAGCAGCGAGCCUCGGAGCGCGGCGGUCGCUAGCAGCUGGGACUCUACUGGACCCUCACACUGGCUGGCUUUACACUGGCUUUACACUGGCUUUACACUGGCUCUAGGACGGCUGGGUCCUGUUUAGGCUGGGUGUAGACCGGAUUUGGGCUGGGUUAAGGACGGAGGGGGCCUGUUUAGGCUGGACUUAGACUCGGUUUGGGCUGGGUUUAGACCAGGUUUAGACUGGGUACUGUUUAGGCUGUGUUUAGAGUGGGUUUAGAAUGGCUCUAGGACGGCUGGGUCCUGUUUAGGCUGGGUUUAGACCGGGUUUAGACUGGGUUUAGACUGGCUCAAGGACGGCUGGGGCCUGUUUAGGCUGGGUUUAGACCGGGUUUAGACUGGGUCCUGUUUAGGCUGGGUUUAGACUGGGUUUAGACUGGGUUUAGACUGGCUCAAGGACGGCUGGGGCCUGUUUAGGCUGGGUUUAGACCGGGUUUAGACUGGGUCCUGUUUAGGCUGGGUUUAGACUGGGUUUAGACUGGCUCAAGGACGGCUGGGUCCUGUUUAGGCUGGGUUAAGAUUGAGAUUAGACUGGGUUUAAUCUGAGUUUAUGUCCUAUUUAGGGUGGAUUUAUAUUUUAGUUUAUGUUUUGAUUUAAACUAUUUGAUCUGGGUUUACACAGGAUUAAAACUGUGUUGAGGCUGAGUUUAGACUGGGUUUGGAUUUGGGCUGGGUGUAUAUCAAGUUUAGAUUGUGUUAAGGGCUAAUUUUGGACUAGGUUUAGAGUUGUUUUGGACUUUUUGAGCUGGUUUCAGAUUGGGUCUUUGUCAAGUUCAGAUUGGGUUUCGGUUGCAAUUACAAUAGGUGUGUUGUUUCCUUUUUGUUAUGACUGAGUUCAGGCCUGGUUUGCUUUAGGUUUAGACUGGUUAUAGACUCGGUUUGUGCUUGGGUUCUCCCCGGGUUUGGGCUCUUAUAUGUAUUGAGACUUGGUUUUAGACUAGUAUUAGUCUUGGUUUGCGCUUUACACCAGGUUCGGGCUGUGUAUAUGUAUUUAGACCUACACUCGGUUUAGAGUGAGCUGACACGAGGUUUACGCUGGGUCUAUGCUGGGUGAAGGCUGGGUUUAGACUGAGCUCCGGCUGGGUUUGGACCAUGCAGGGCCGGGCAGGUAAAGCCCCUAAGAGGGAGAUGGUCAUUGAGUCCCCCCAGCAGUACAGGAGCCUGGCCGAGAUAGAGGCCGAAGACGAGGCUGGGACACAGCUCACAGGGGUCAGACCUAAGAUGGUGGACCCCCUGGACUAUGAGAGCGUCCUGGUCCAGAAGAAGACCCAGAUCAUCAGCGAUGUCUUGAGGGACAUGCUGCAGUUCCCCACCAACGACUUCCAGAUCUCCACCAUGCGUCGCCAGGGACGGACGCUCUUCUCCACCGUGCCAGAGAAUGCCAGGAAGGAGGCCGAAUGUUUGUUUGUUCAGGAGUGUAUUAAAACCUAUACCUCCGACUGGCACGUGGUCAGCUACAAGUAUGAGGAAUAUUCCGGAAACUACCGCCAGCUCCCGAAUAAGGUGCCGCGGCCAGAGAAGCUUGCAGCUCACCUGUUUGAGGUCGACGAAGAUGUGGAGAAAGAUGAGGACUCGUCGUCACUGGGCUCGCAGAAAGGGGGCGUGUCCAAACACGGCUGGCUCUACAAGGGCAACAUGAACAGCGCCAUCAGCGUCACCAUGAGGUCCUUCAAGAGGAGGUAUUUCCACCUGGCCCAGCUGGGCGACGGCUCCUACAACCUCAACUUCUACAAGGAUGAGAAGACCUCCAAGGAGCCCAAAGGAACCAUCUACCUGGACUCCUGCAUGGGUGUUGUCCAGAACAGCAAGGUGCGGCGCUUUGCCUUCGAGCUGAAGAUGCAGGACAAGAGCACGUACCUGCUGGCGGCAGAGGGCGAGGCGGAGAUGGACGAGUGGGUCGGGACGCUCAACAAGAUCCUGCACAGCGGCUUCGAGCAGGCCAUGCAGGAGAAGAAGAACGGGGAGCUGCAUGACGACGAGGAGCUCGGCAAAACAGACUCUUCCUCCGGAACUUUCCAUGACAGUUUUCAGAGUGCGAGGGAUAUCGAGUCCAAGAUGAGAAGCGAAACCCGCCUCAAGCUGUUCACUUUGGACCCCGACACACAGAAACUGGACCUGUCUGGCAUCCAGCCAGAAGUGGGUCAGUUUGAGGAGAAGUUUGGUAACAGAGUGCUGGUCUCCUGUCACAACCUCUCCUUCAACCUGCAGAGCUGCAUCACAGACGACCAGGAUGGGCCCACCACCAACGUGGAGCCCUUCUACGUGAUCCUCUCCCUCUUCGAUGUGCAGAACGGCCGCAAGAUCUCCGCCGACUUCCACGUGGACCUCAACCACCCCCUGGUCCGCCUCAUGACCACCUCCCCCACCUCCCCCCCGGCCUCCCCUCCCCCGGCCCCCACCCCGUCCCCGGCGGGGUUCCACAAGCUGGCCGGGGAGCUGCCGGAGGCCGCCCUGUCGUACCCCCGUCAGGGUGUGUUCUCGGUGACCUGCCCCCACCCGGACAUCUUCCUGGUGGCGCGGGUGGAGAAGGUUCUGCAGGGGGGCAUCGCCCACUGCACGGAGCCCUACAUGAAGAGCUCCGACUCAGUCAAGGUGGCCCAGAAGGUGUUGAAGAACGCCCGGUCGGCCUGCAGCAGACUGGGGCAGUACCACAUGCCUUUCGCCUGGUCCGCAAGGCCUGUGUUCAAAGAUGCUUCCGGUAAACUGGACAAAAGUGCUCGCUUCUCGGCUCUCUAUCGCCAGGACAGCAGCAAAUUGUCUGACGAUGACAUGUUUAAACUGCUGGCCGACUUCAGAAAACCGGAGAAAAUGGCCAAGCUGCCGGUGAUCUUGGGGAACCUGGACGUAACCAUUGACAACGUGGCGCCAGAUAUAACCAACUGCGUCACUUCCUCCUACCUCCCGGUGCGGGCCUUCGAGGCCAGCGGGGCCCCCGGGUCAAGCGCCCUGCUGGAGGUGGAGGAGUUUGUCCCCUGCAUCGCCAAGUGCUCCCAGCCCUUCACCACCUACAACAACCACCUGUACGUCUACCCCCGGCUGCUCAAGUACGACGGGCAGAAGGCCUUCGCCAAGGCCAGAAACAUUGCGGUCUGCAUUGAGUUCAAGGAUUCAGAUUCUGAGGUCGCCCAGCCAAUAAAGUGUAUCUACGCCCGUCCGGGGGGCUCUCUGUUCACCAAGCAGGCCUUCGCUGCCGUUCUGCACCACCAGCAGAACCCAGAGUUCUAUGACGAGAUCAAGAUUGAGCUGCCCAUCCAGCUCCACGAGAAGCACCACCUCCUCUUCACCUUCUACCACGUCAGCUGUGAGAGCAACAACAAGAAGAAGGACCAGGUGGAGACACCUGUGGGCUCUGCGUGGCUGCCCCUGCUCCGGGACGGCCGGGUGGUGAUGAGCGAGCAGCAGGUUCCCGUGGCUGCCAACCUGCCGCCCGGAUACCUCAGCGCCCAGGAUGCGGUUGCCAAGAACUCUGGACCGGACAUGAAGUGGGUGGACGGGGGCAAAGCUCUCUUUAAAGUCUCCACACACCUGGUGUCCACUAUCUAUACCCAGGACCAACACCUGCACAACUUCUUCCACCACUGCCAGAGAAUGGAGAGCUCAGAGCAGGCGUCGGAGGGGGAGCUGGUCAAAUACCUGAAGAGCCUCCAUGCGAUGGAAGGUCAUGUGAUGGUCAACUUCCUGUCCACCGUUCUCCACCAGCUAUUCCGCGUCCUCACCAGAGCCAAGAUGGAGGAGGUGGCUGUCAAUGUGACCAGGGUGAUGGUCCACGUGGUGGCCCAGUGCCACGAGGAGGGGCUGGAGCACUACCUGAGGUCCUACAUCAAGUUUGUGUUCAAGGCGGAGCCGGACUUUGCUGUGGGUAAGACGGUCCACGAGGAGCUAGUUAAAGCUAUGACCGCCAUCCUCAAACCCUCCACCGACUUCCUCACCAGCAACAAGCUGCUGAAGCAUUCCUGGUACUUCUUUGAAGCCCUGGUCAAGUCCAUGGCUCAAUAUCUGGUGGAGAGCGAUAAGGUCAAGCUCUCGAGGAACCAGAGGUUCUCGGCCUCGUUCCAGCACGCCGUGGAGACGCUGGUCAACAUGCUGGCGCCGCACAUCACCCAGAAGUACAAGGACAACCUGGACGCCGCGCGGAACGCCAACCACAGCCUGGCCGUGUUCAUCAAGCGCUGCUUCACCUUCAUGGACCGAGGCUUUGUGUUCAAGCAGAUCAACAACUACAUGAACUGCUUCGUCCCAGGGGACCCAAAGACGCUGCACGAGUUCAAGUUUGAGUUCCUGCGGGUGGUGUGUAACCACGAGCACUACGUCCCCCUCAACCUGCCCAUGCUCUUCAGCAAGGGCCGCGUGCACAGGUUCCAAGACCUGCAGCCCGACUACUCUCUGACCGACGACUUCUGCCGGAACCACUUCCUGGUGGGCCUGCUGCUGCGGGAGGUGGGCGGGGCGCUGCAGGAGCACGGCGAGGUCCGCCAGGUCGCCAUCCAGGUGCUGAAGAGCCUGAUGAUGAAGCACACCUUCGACGACCGCUACGCCGCCAAGAGCCAGCAGGCCAGACUGUCGACCCUCUACCUCCCACUCUUCGGCCUGCUGUUGGAGAACGUCCACCGGCUGGACGCCAAGGAGUCCCCGGCACUCAGCGGGAACAACAGCAAUACCAGAGAAGACUCCCUGGCAACCCCUAUGAAGACAGGAAGCAUCUGUAUGGAGAGCGCGCUCCAUAAGGACGUGUUCGGGGCCAUCUCAGGAACAGCCUCCCCCCACCCCUCCACCCCCGCGGGCUCGGUCCUGCAGCCCGGGUCGCGGGCGUCACUGGUCUCAACGGACUCCUGCAACAGCCUGCAGGACAAGAGCAGAGAGAGGGCCAACUCCCUGGACAAGAACCAGUGUGCCUCUGCACUGGGCAGCGCGGUCCUCCGAUGCGACAAGCUCGAGCGGGAGGAGGUGAAGAGCCUGCUCAUGUGCUUCCUGCACGUCCUCAAGAGCAUGUCGGAGGAGGCUCUCUUCACCUACUGGCACAAGGCCUCACCCUCGGAGCUGAUGGACUUCUUCAGCCUGCUGGAGGUGUGUCUCCACCAGUUCCGCUAUGCAGGGAAGAGGAACAUCGCCAGGAGUCAGGAGGGGGCGGGCCUUGUGGCUGCGGACAGGAAGUCUCUGACGCUGCCCGUGUCUCGUAACAGGGCGGGGCUUCUGCACGCCCGCCUCCAGCAGCUGGGCACGGUGGAGAACGCACACACCUUCAACAACGUGUACUCCCACUCUGAGCCCGAGGUGAGCAACCAGUGUCUGCUGGAGGCCAACGUGUCGACAGAGGUCUGCCUGACGGUGCUGGACACCCUCUGCGUCUUCAUCAACGGAUUCAAGAGUCAGCUGAGCUCAGACCUGGGCCACAACCCGCUGAUGAAGAAGGUAUUCCAGGUGCACCUGUGCUUCCUGCAGAUCCCCCAAUCAGAGACAGCGCUCAAGCAGGUGUUCACCGCCCUGCGGACCUUCAUCUACAAGUUCCCGUGCACGUUCUUCGACGGCCGCGCGGACAUGUGCGCGGCGCUGUGCUACGAGACGCUGAAGUGCUGCAACUCCAAGCUGAGCUCCAUCCGCAGUGACGGCGCCCAGCUGCUCUACUUCCUCAUGAAGAGCAACUUCGACUACACGGGCCGCCGCUCCUUCGUACGCACGCACCUCCAGGUGGUGAUUGCCGUCAGUCAGCUGAUCGCUGAUGUCCUCGGCAUCGGCGGGACCCGCUUCCAGCAGUCGCUCUCCAUCAUCAACAACUGCGCCAACGGAGACAAGAACAUCAAGCACACGGUGUUCCCGUCGGACGUGAAGGACCUGAUGAAGCGCAUCCGCACGGUGCUGAUGGCCACGGAGCAGAUGAAGGAGCACGAGGACGACCCCGAGAUGCUGGUGGACCUGCAGUACAGCCUGGCCAAGUCCUACACCAGCACCCCAGAGCUCCGCAAGACCUGGCUGGACAGCAUGGCCCGCAUCCACCACAAGAACGGGGAGCUGUCCGAGGCGGCCAUGUGUUAUAUCCAUGUUGCUGCACUUGUGGCAGAGUACCUGUGGAGAAAAGGAAUGUUCCGGCAGGGCUGUUCGGCGUUCCGGGUCAUCACGCCCAACAUCGACGAGGAGGCGGCCAUGAUGGAGGACGUGGGGAUGCAGGAUGUACACUUCAACGAGGAGGUGCUGAUGGAGCACCUGGAGGAGUGCGCCGACGGCCUGUGGAAGGCGGAGCGCUACGAGCUGAUCGCCGACGUCUACCGCCUCAUCAUCCCCAUCUACGAGCAGCGCCGCGACUUUGAGAAACUGACCCACCUAUACGACACCCUGCACCGCGCCUACACCAAGGUGAUGGAAGUGAUGCAUUCUGGGAGGAGGAUGCUCGGCACUUACUUCAGGGUGGCCUUCUUCGGACAGGGCUUCUUCGAGGACGAGGACGGCAAGGAGUACAUCUACAAGGAGCCCAAGUUCACCCCUCUGUCCGAGGUGUCCCAGCGGCUCCUCAAGCUCUACACACACAAGUUCGGCCCCGAGAACGUCAAGAUGAUACAGGACUCCGGCAAGGUGAACCCCAAGGACCUGGACGCCAAGUACGCCUACAUCCAGGUGACCCACGUCACGCCCUACCUGGAGGACAAGGAGCUGGAGGAGCGCAAGACGGACUUCGAGAAGAGCCACAACAUCCGGCGCUUCGUGUUCGAGACGCCUUUCACGGCGGCGGGCAAGAGGCAGGGCGGUGUGGAGGAGCAGUGCAAACGACGCACCGUGCUGACCACCACCCACUGCUUCCCGUAUGUGAAGAAGCGCGUGGCGGUCAUGUACCAGCACCAGACGGACCUCAGCCCCAUCGAGGUGGCCAUCGACGAGAUGAGCGCCAAGGUGGCCGAGCUAAGGCUGCUCUGUGCCGCGCCCGACGUCGACAUGAUCCGCCUGCAGCUCAAGCUGCAGGGCAGCGUCAGCGUGCAGGUCAACGCCGGGCCCCUAGCCUACGCCAGAGCCUUCCUGGACGACAGCAGUGCUAAGAAGUACCCGGACAACAAGGUCAAGCAGCUGAAGGAGGUUUUCAGGCAGUUUGUGGACGCCUGUGGGCAGGCCCUGGGGGUGAACGAGCGGCUGAUCAAGGAGGACCAGCAGGAGUACCACGACGAAAUGAAGGCCAGCUAUCGGGACCUGGCCAGGGAGCUGUCCGGCAUCAUGCAUGAGCAGAUAAACCCAACGGACGACGGCAACAGAAACACUCUCUCCGACUCUCUAGGGAUCUUCAACGCGAUCAGCGGCACCCCGACCAGCGCUAACACACACGGCUCAAACUCCGUCCUCUGACCUCCCGACCUUUCCUCCAACACUCACGAUUGACCACUACUUCUUAAACCCCGCCCCUCCCAGAGCGUAACCCGGACAAAAUACGUUGUCCGAUUCUUCCUCCGAUUUACAGAAUUUAAAAAUGGUUGAUGACUUGUUGGAAAGCUAAUAGGAACGAGGUUACUCCGGAAAAAUGUGCACAAAUUAUUAGGUGGAGAAAUACCAUAAACAAAGUAGACGAAUACAUUGUUAUCAUUUGUCUUUUAUUUGUUUUAUUAGUUUUACCCUAUUGGAUUCCAGAUUCACAGGGAAUGCAUAUAAACUACAGGGUCAACCAAUGAGGAAAGGUUAUUUUAAGACAAAAGUUCGUUUUAUUACCUGACAUUUUUGAACGAACAUCAUUUUGUGAAAUAUUGUUGACAUCCAAAACACAAAGACACUCCUCAUCCCCGUACAUGUGGCUAAACAUAAGCAGCAAAGACAGCAGUUAUCUGCUGUUUUCUGGUCCAGUGCUAGCGGUACAAAAGGUGUGCUAGCAGGCUAUUAAUGGAUUUACUGUUUUGGUCAUACGCUUAAGACUCCUUAAAAAUAGAUUAUUGUGUACAGUAGUGUAUAUAUGUAAUAUAUAUACAGCAUUACAACUAUAGAUAUUGUCAGAGGUUUACAUGUUCGAUGUUAUCGCUACUAAAUCGAACAUUGACUACAUUCCUCUGUUUAUAAACUGUAUUUUUUAAUCUUUCGUUUUUGUGUCCCAGAAGAUUGCAUAAUGUUUGUUUUUAGGCUCCAAUGCAGAAAGACCAAUGUAUUUUUUUUAAGUAGUUUUUUUAUCGGAGCUACUUCAGUCCAUGGGAAUAGCAUCUUGAAUAGCACGAAUAUAUCUUCAGAAACAAUGUGUGCAAUAUUUUCUACUAAUACCGAGACCUAUUGCACAGAAGACCUCUCUUGCCAAAGAAAUUAGAAAAUAAGAAAACAUUUUGUGCAAUGACAGGUUUGAUGAUUAUUUCCCAUCUUCUCUGUCUCCCUGGCUUUUUAUUCGAUUUGAAAUAAUAACUUUUUUAUAUCUAUUAACUUCUCUUGUAAAUAUGUCCUCAAACUUUUUUAAUAAAGACUAUAAAAAUACAAAUGCACUACAUUGUUAAAUUGAU